UGAGUGACGUUGUAUAUUUGUGUGGUUCACAAGGGGUCCAGUUUGGGUGGACGGCGUCAUGCUUGAUUGGGUGAAGCAAGCUGCCUGACGGGGAGAAGCGUGCUUGUGGGGUGAUUGGAGUUUGAGUUGGCUUGGUAACCUUUUGUUGUGUGCUGAAGUAGAUAGCUUACUUGGAAAUUUGUUUACUAUAUGAGGGCAAGUUAUCGAACAGAAAGGGGAAAGGAAAAAGAAGUGGAGAGGGAGAAAUAUGGUUUAACUGAACGAGUGCAGUACAGCCUAGCGUUAUGUCCGGGGACUGAGUUAGAAGGUCAUGUCGACGCUUUAAAGGAGGAAACUGUUGUUACCCAGUUAUCCUGUGAACUGUGAUAUAUAAGUUUGGAACAAUGUGGAAUGGACUGCAUUGGCAAUGUGAUGUCAAGAAAUCUGAGACACUUCAAGACUUCUGUGUCGAUGCUGUGUUUGGCGUUCAUUGUACUAAUCAUACGAGCAACGCCAUGUUGUGAUGGUCAGAACUGCCGAGAAUGUGACAAUGACGGAGACGGCUCAACACAGUGUGAACGUGGAUACUUUGGCAAGAAAUGCACGUCAAAGUGCAACAUCAGAUGCCAGUACCAGUCGUGUGAACUCACGACGAGAGGCAUCGAGACUUGCACGGAGGGAUGUGUUCCAGGAUUCCAGGGUACAAGCUGCAACAUACCAUGUGACAACCCUGGGACACAGUGUACAGAGUGUGAAGGUGGAUGUGAUGGCGGGUACUGCAUGCUGAAUUCAUCCUGCAUUUCUGGAUGUGUUGGCUCUUACUCUGGCCUUGACUGUAAGAACUGCUCUGAGAGAUGUAAAUCCUGUAAUAGGUCUUCAGGGAUAUGUGACGAUUGCCACGCCCCAUACAGGGGUCUGAACUGUGAGAUGUCAUGUGAGAACUGUGCAGGAUCUUGUGAAUCUGGAUGUGAAGGAGGCUGUCAACCAGGCUUCUAUGGUCAUUGGUGUGAUAAGGUGUGCAGUGUAAACUGCCGUCCUGGUCCCAACGAAAUCUUGGAAUGUGACAGAAACACCUCCAUCAAUUGCACCAAAUGCAAUAAAACCACAGGAGAUUGUGUCGUCGGUUGUAAUGCCGGAUGGUAUGGUAAAAACUGUUCAUCUCGAUGUAACCCAAAGUGUUCAUAUGUGGCCUGCACUGAGUCAGGAGCGUGUGUUGAUGGUUGUGCACCAGGGUAUGCUGGGACUAACUGCUCAUGCUAUGAGAACUGCUUCGAUCAUGUUUGUCACUCGGAGAACGGAACCUGUGCGAAAGGAUGUGACAAUGGUUAUUAUGGUGCGUUUUGUAACAACACCUGUGAGAUAUGCGUUGAUGGUGUUUGUGACCGGAAGUUUGGAUUCUGCAACAAAGGAUGUAAUAUUACUCACCAGACUUGCAAAUCUACAUGUCGACAUGAUUGUCCCAUAGAGACAUGCCUUGAAGACAGAACGUGUUCUGAGCGUACUCCUGGUGACACUUUCAUUAUCGGAACAUCAACAGCGUGUGUGCUUUGCCUUGCUGGCAUCAUAGUAGCAAUACGCAUUGCAUACGGACGUCAUUGCGCCAAAAGGGAAGAAACUGAUGGCGAAGAAGUAGAAUGCCCAGUAGAACAACUAGAAGCACGUGACUACGAACUUAUUGAUAUUGAUUCCGAUAGAUAUGAAACAGGCCCAGUGAUAGUUUUUCUUUAGUGGAGGCUCACUUCACACAAAACCUUGACAUCGUGAUUUUGUCACAAAUACUUUAAUACUGAAUAUACAAACUGCCUUGUGGGAUAAUGAUUAUUAUGGUGAGACAUGGUGGAUCCCACUCGGAGUUGGAAGUGCCUGUCUGUUAAAAACUGUCAUAUGCAAUGAGGUAAACGACCUCUCAAGCCAAAAUAAUGUAAACCCUUUAAAUGCCAUGCUUCGAGGUAGUAUCAUAAGCUUUCUCAAGAUCGAAAGAUAUUCACAGUACGCGAUUUGUUUGUGGCAAUAGCAUUUUUUUUACAAAGGCUUCUAAUCGUACAAAAUGAUUAAUGGUACUUCUAUUUUUACGGAAACCACAUUGAAUAUUUGAUAUAAGAUUAUUAAUUUCCAAAUCAGAAAAUAAUCUCGAAGUCACCUCGAAGGUCAAUAACUCAUGACAUGUGAAUUGUUCCCUUCAGAAAGCUUGGUCAGUAUAGUAUGUAGACUUUAUAUGUAUGACAAAAGUUUGCAGCAAGUGAUGUUCUAACAUUUAGGGGUGACAUUUGAGGUCAAUGUCACUAAAUGUGAAGUAGACAUUCAUAAAAGCAUGUGGACACAAUAAAUUGGGCAUACACGAUUCGAAUUUGAUGAAACUUAACAUACUUAUCUCUACAAUUGGGCCU